GCCUGCGCGGGAGGCCAGUAGGCUGGCAGUGCCGAGCGGACUCGUCCCCACCGACCGGCAGUCAGUGCGCUUGCGUGCGGUCCCAGCGCCGCGGUUCUUGACUGUGCUGUGCAGGGCGCUGGUUGUUGCCAUGCAGGGAGCGGACUCGGACCAGCCCUUCAAACGGCCCCGACGCGAUGGCAGCCCGAGAACCCCGCCAAACAUCCCUUCCGCGGCGGCGGAGAGCUCCCCGGGCCCCAAACUCCACCGCGACCACCAGACCUGGGGCCCGGAGCAGGUGUGCUGCUUCCUAAAGCGCAGUGGCUUCAGUGAUCCCGGACUGCUGGAACGCUUCCGAGGAAAUAAAAUCACAGGUUCAAUACUGCUCCAUCUUAAUGAGUCUGAUCUUGAAAGUCUUGGAAUAAGUACUUUGGGUGACAGAAAGAAGCUGCAUAAUUAUAUCCAGCAACUGAAGGAAAUUCAUGUUGAUGCAAUGAAGGUCAUUAAUGAUCCUAUCCAUGGCCACAUUGAACUCCACCCUCUCCUCAUCCGAAUCAUCGACACACCUCAAUUUCAGCGGCUUCGAUAUAUCAAACAGUUGGGUGGCAGUUACUAUAUUUUUCCAGGCGCUUCGCACAACCGAUUUGAGCACAGUCUAGGCGUAGGGUAUCUAGCGGGAUGUCUUGUUCGUGCACUGCGUGAAAAACAACCAGAGCUGCAGAUAAGUGAACGGGAUGUGCUCUGUGUUCAGAUUGCUGGCCUUUGUCAUGAUCUCGGUCAUGGGCCAUUUUCUCAUAUGUUUGAUGGAAGAUUUAUUCCACUUGCUCGCCCAGAUGUGGAAUGGACGCAUGAACAGGGCUCAGUGAAGAUGUUUGAGCACCUAGUUAAUUCUAAUGGACUCAAAGCUGUCAUGGAACAUUACGGUCUCAUCCCUGAAGAAGAUAUUUGCUUUAUCAAGGAACAAAUUACAGGACCACUUGAAUCACCAAUCAAAGAUUCUUUGUGGCCAUACAAAGGGCGUCCUAAAGAGAAAAGCUUCCUUUAUGAGAUAGUGGCCAAUAAAAGAAAUGGCAUUGAUGUGGACAAAUGGGAUUAUUUUGCCAGGGACUGCCAUCAUCUUGGAAUCCAAAAUAAUUUUGAUUACCAGCGCUUUAUCAAAUUUGCCCGUGUUUGUGAAGUAGAUGAUAGGAAGCGUAUUUGUACUAGAGAUAAGGAGGUUGGGAAUCUGUAUGACAUGUUCCAUACCCGUACCUCUUUGCACCGCAGAGCUUAUCAACACAAAGUUGGCAACAUCAUUGAUACAAUGAUUACAGAUGCUUUCCUCAAAGCAGACCCCUACAUAGAAAUUGUAGGUGCUGAAGGAAAAAAGUAUCACAUUUCUACGGCAAUUGAUGACAUGGAUGCCUUCACUAAGCUCACAGAUAACAUUUUCCUGGAGAUUUUAUAUUCUUCUGAUCCCAAACUGAAUGCAGCACGAGAGAUUUUAAAAAAAAUUGAAUGCCGUAAUCUAUACAAGUAUGUGGGUGAGACUAAACCAAAAGGAACAACAAAAAUUGAAAAGGAAAAUUAUAAAAGCCUUCCAGAAGAUCUCGCUGAUUCUAAACCUAAGGACAUCUUGAUAGAAACUGAACUAAAGGCUGAAGACUUCAUAGUGGAUGUUAUCAACAUGGAUUAUGGAAUGGAAGACAAGAAUCCUAUUGAUCAUGUUCGCUUCUAUUGUAAGAGUGACCUCAGCAAAGCAGUCAGGAUUACUAAAGAUCAGGUUUCAGAGCUUUUGCCAGAGAGGUUUGCAGAGCAGCUAAUUCGCGUAUACUGCAAGAAGACUGAUGCAAAGAGCUUGUUUGCUGCACACCAGUACUUUGUUCAUUGGUGCUUAAUCAGAAACUUCACCAAGCCACAGGAUAGUGAUGUUGUGGCCCCACUUAUAACACCUCGAAAAGAGGAGUGGAAGAACCCGGAUUCAGCCCAGAGCCCAGAUCACUUACAAAAAGUGUCCAAAUUUAAAACCCGGCUUUUUCCAGAUGACUCUGUGUGAAUGUUUGCAACCGAUAGUUUACAUAAAGUCCUCUUCCCCAUCCCCCAACAGUAUUAGCUAAUUUAGGAAAUUCGGUCAUGAACUCUACAAAUUUGUGACAACGAGUGCUUUUUACAUUUUGAAUGUACACCCAUGCUGAAGCUAAGUAAUUUUUAUCCGAAGAAACAAAAAGGUGUUAGACAGCUCUGGCUGUACAUGCUAUAUGGAAAGCAUGACCUUGCCUAUUUUAACAUUAACUAAAGCCUCUCUUUGUAGUCUAUUCUCUUAGAAUAAUAUUUUUUUUAUGUACUCUGAACUCUUAUGACAUAAUGAUUGUUUUUUUGGGUUUUUUUUUAAGUUUGGAAAUGAGAUAAAGUGCACAUUGAAGUAUGAAGUUGGGAUUGUCAUAAACAGCCAUGGUUAAGAACAAAACAUAAAAUCCUAGCCCCUUGAGGAGGUACCCAUCACCUUGAAUUUGAGGAAAAUUCUUCUUAAGUGAUCUAAAUAUUAGUGAAACACCUUCCCUCACCCUUGUAGCCAGGUUGGACUAGACAGUAGAUGAGGGUGACGAGUGAGUUCCACCUCUUGGGUGAGAGCCCUGAUUAAUUUAUUAGAAAUAUCUGAGGGCUCUGGCCCCCUCUGAAAUGGGACAUAAGACUGCCUCUCAGGAGACCCCUACCCCCAGUGGCAGAGGGAUUCCCCCAAACCAGGCUGUUCUCUGGGUCAGUUCAUGCAGCUCCAGACCCGGGCGGUUUCUUCGUCCUGAUUACUCACUACCGAUGUCCCGAGGUCUUUUUCACAAUCACUGCUCAGCCUGGAAAAGGCUCCCCUCCGGCCUUCUCUCUGAAUUUCCCUUGUGAGCUGAUCAAAGGUUGUCACAGGAGCCUUUCUGAGGGCUACUCAGAGCUGGGACUUUGUUGUUGCUGGCUCAAUGUGCAUGUUACGAAUUUCAGAGCAAAGACUGAGCUGCUUGGGAUGAGAUGAGUGAUUAUCCCCAGAAUUCCAGGUCCCCCUUUGUAGCCCAGUAUACCCCACGCUUGUUCUUUACCUCCUGUGCACCACUGUGGUUGAGCGAGUCUGUGCAGAGGGCACCCAUCCCCACCUCCAUAUACACACAAUUGCCAGUUCUGCAGAAAUUCACCAGGAGUAAAAUCUGGAGUUAGAGCCAAUGCUGGUGGUAGCCAGAGGGUCCUGUAGAUGCAGGGCAGUGGGGAAUGAGAGUCAAAGUCCUUAACUUUGCUAUAGUUAUAAAAGUCCUUAUCUUAUGCUAUAGACACUCCCUUACAAAAGCCUCCAUGGCAGCCUGGGAUUGGGGGGCCAGCCCUGGCUCCGGGCAAGAGUAAGUGGGAGGAAAGGAGGAACUCAGACCACAGGCCGCUACAUUAUCCACAGGCCGCUACAUUAUCCACAGUCUUAGAGUGCUGUAACCUUCCGCUAUGUAACCAGGUUCUGUUCUGUUGACCCUAGGGUGAAAAGUAUUAGGAAUGUCUGCCAUUCUGUAUUACCACCACCACCCUCCUCCACCCCCCAGCAGAUGAUCAAGAGUUGACCCUCUUUCAUAGGAGAAUAAUUAAAACCCUUCCCAGCUCCUCCACCAUAGUGCUGUGUAGGUGGGGAUAUGCGGACAUGUGGGCUCCCAGAAGCACAAGUGAAAUCAGCCCUGGUACUGGGUCACAUCUGUUUUGGCCAAGGUACCCCUAAAACAUUCAGUGGGGGAGAACUAUAGGGCUCAGACUUAGUGUAUCCAGAUCCAAGGUCAAGAAUGUGAUGUUUUUCUGCUAAGAUUGUUUUAUUUCUGCAACUCUUACCUUUAAAUCAUUGUAGUUUACUCUGGAAUUUUUUUAGUUUCAAUAUUGUAUCAUUUUGCUGAGAAAUAACUUGAAUCUAUUUUGUUUGCAUCCUUUACAUUAUAAGUCCGCUGCACUUUAUGCUCUUUGCAACUGUUUUAAUUAUCAGAACCAUGUGCCAUUUACAAGGUUAAAUUUUUCUUAAGAAGCGCCUUCACUAUUUGUAUAAAAACUGAGGUUUUAACAACUUAACCUCUAGAGUUACUGAACUUUUGUCACCUUGAGAAUGUUAAGUAAGAACUGCAAGUUUAAAUGACUGGUUACUUCAUUUGGGUGAGGGAAACAGAUGCAAUAAAGCUUCAUGAAUGUA